AGGAGUCACUCACGCACGCCGGUCGCGCGGGUUGUCGUCGCCGCGGCCGCAACACGCUGUGCAGCUUUUCGCAUUUUUUACGUCUGCUAUUCUGUCAUGGGACUGCUCCUCCUUGUUGCACGUGAUUCGAGUGACGCGGCUGCAAAACUAACAACGUGUACCGGCGGUGAAUAUCUCGGUCCUUGACGAAAUCCGGACGCACUACGGUCCCACUCGCUGCGUCGUGAGAUACAAACUUGGCAACUUCCACUGCUUGCCGAAAUUCUGUUCCUUCUCUUUUUUUUUCCUGAACGCUCACGGUUAUCCAUAUUCCGGUUUCCGCUCACUCUUCGUCGCCGAGCCAACGUUCCGGGUGUGUUCUGUCUCCAGGAGAGUCACCGUGAUGAGUCCUCUAGUCGGCUGGUGGCCCAAGGUCUUUUGCCUGCUUCCUUGCUUAACUGAAAUAUUCAGCACUUCGCAGCCCAUGUUCCUGUCUCCGAUACCAACAAUCCAGGCUGCGGAGGGCGACGACAUCGUAUUGACGUGCCUCGUUGAGAAUCUUGGAUCCCACAAGGUGUCUUGGUACCGGGCUGGGUCCGGCGAGCUUCUCACCUUCGACACCCGCAUGCUGACGUCGGACGCGCGGGUUCACUCCGACCACAGCCGGCCCAGCUCGUGGCAGCUGCGAGUGUCCCGCGUGAAGGUCUCGGACGCCGGCCUGUACGCGUGCGUGGUCGACUCCACGCCCAGGCUGUCGCAACUCGGCGCUCUCGAAGUGCAUCCCCUCGUCGAAGACAAACGGCACAGUGCGGUUCCAUUUUCCAAUGCUGCUUCGUGGUCAAGUUCUCCUGCCACGAGACAACUUCACCGGGGACGACGAAAGUCGAAAAGGAGAAAACAUCGCUUCGUGCAAGAGCAACAAGAAAAGAAAGAUGAACUGAUCAGCAAGGACGAACCGUACUUCCCUGAGCCAAUACCGAGCCUCACAGUUGCGGCUGGCCGGAAUGCUGCGCUCAAGUGUGUCGUAGAAAAUUUGGGCAACCACACGGUGGCGUGGCUGAACGUGGACAAGCAGACACUGCUGGCCCUGCACACGCACGUGAUCGUGCAGAACGAGCGCAUCCGAGUGAGCCACGCGGGCCAUCGCGUCUGGCAGCUGGAGAUCCGCGACGUGCGACCCGACGACACCGGCUACUACAUGUGCCAAGUGAACACGCGCCCCAUGAAGAACCAGGUCGGGUACCUCAACGUGGUCGUGGCGCCUUAUUUCGUGGAUUCCUUUGGACCCCGGAACUUGACAGCACGUGAGAACAGUAACGUGAGUUUCCGCUGCGAGGCGAGCGGCAACCCCGAACCCAAGGUCUCCUGGCGGAGAGAAGACGCGCAGCCAUUUCGCGUCGCCGACCAGAAAGUGACAGUCUACAGAGGACAGGAGCUGUUCUUCAAGAGGGUCUCCCGUUCUCACAUGGGCGCUUACCUCUGCCUCGCAUCCAACGGAGUGCCGCCAUCCAUAAGUCGACGCAUAUUCCUCGAAGUCACCUUCACACCUAUGAUCUGGGUGCCCAACCAAUUCGUGGGCGCACCCCUGGGUUCAAACGUGGUCCUGGAAUGCCAUACGGAAGCCCAUCCGCCUUCAGAAAACUUCUGGUUCCGUAGCUCUAAUCGCCUAGACACCGCAGUCACUAACAUCACGUUGGCCACAUCAAACGACUCGCGGACCAAGCAGAAGAAGUCCAAAAGGCACGAGGCUUACAUCACACGGACAGGUUUGAAGGUAUACAUGAAGUUGUCCAUCAAAAACCUGCGGAGAGAAGACUACGGCACUUACCACUGUAUGGCACAAAACGCUCUUGAUAAAACAGAAGGCAAGAUACAGCUUCACGAAAUCGAGGCACCGCUGGGGAAAACGGAGCCAUCGACCGAAAUUUCGACGACUACGUCUUCGUCAGGAAAAAGUCAAGGUGGCGCUGACUGGCCUCACCGGAAGCCGACAAGCAACACCGUGACAGGAGCCAAGAACCCUGACAAAACAAAUGGCCGAUGGGCUGUCCAGCACUUUCAAGACGGCAUUCACAACAAGGAGUCUUCCAAAGGACAAAAAGGCGGGCGUUCCCAAACCUCCGCCGGAUCUGCGUCGUCAGCCAGUGUGGGUAUUUUGGCUGUGCAUCUGUGGCUUCUGCGGAUAUGGUCGUCCCAAGGCUAAGUCGACACGUACCCUGGACAUUACCCGCCUUUGCUUGCGUGACAACUCAGGAAACGUGAUGCAUCAAGCUGUUCUUGCCAAAGAUGCCGCCGUGGCGCCGUGCAAUCCUCUUGCGACAUGCGUCUAUUUGUACGCCCGUGAAAAAUGAUCGCAGGCCACCGGUUCGUGGAGGUGACGAAUGCACAAGCGUAUUGAUUUUCCUGCGAUGAUUGUUGGCUUCCACAAAACGGCGGACUACCCGAAUCGACGGUAGUGACCCUCACUUCCCCCGCCGCCCACGGCAAACGACAUGUCGUGUUCCAAGAUUUAGCAAGUUGUGAAUCCAUCUUGUGUAUAUGUGUUCAGAGUUUCUUGCAUAUUGAACUACUUACAGGGGCGUCCGCUAUUAACUAAGUUUUUCACUUCAGUGUCACUUGAAGCAUGUUUCGUAUUUUUCCAAACGAUGCAAAGUUAUUUGUUUCGCAUGUCUUGCCACGGCGAAGUGAACACAAAAUUUAUUGGAAAGGUGCACAAAAGGGUUGAGUAAUUGUUUGCCCUUAACUGUAUCUAUCGAACGUCCGAGUGGACAUGCUUCAAUAUAGAUUUCAGGAGAGUCACCGUACCUUUGUUAACAGACUCACUUUGAUUCUCAUUUUUGUCUUACAAUCACGUGAGCACUGAGCACGGUAACGUGUCACACCGACGUCCCUCAAGUUUCUAUUCAAUGCUCCAACCAGGGCCAAAAUAUUUCAAAAUGAGCAGACGUACCUGUAUUUGCCUGUCAAAAAAUAAUCCAGCGCUUUUUCUUAAUGUCUCAAUAACUUACGACUACCUAUAAACUAUAAGGUGCGACUUGGCUGGCAAACGCUACCAGACAGUGCACAAACCUCCGACGUAGGCAGUAAAGCGGGUGAGCAAGCGAUGCACGAACCAGUGUGAUUCUAUAUCAAACGUUGCCCACAUUCACAGAAAUAGGCGCUAGCACUUUAAGUGCAGUGCUUCUGCUGGUAUUCUAAAAUUUUAUUUAGAUCUUCUAGGUUUAGCAUUGUCGUCAAAGUUCUCUGAUGCCAUAUUUUCGGCAGGUACGGUAGACGUCAUCCAAUACCUGAGAAAAGCUGCCACAAAUGUGCUUACCUAAAGAACUUCAGGUGGUCAAAAUUAAUGCAGCGUCUCCGACUACGGUAUCUCUUAUAAUCAGAUCAUGGCUUUGGCGAAAAAAAUAAAAAUAAAAAAGACCUCAAUGAAUUGAAUUAAAGCCUCUCAUAGACUGUCAAGGCAUUUCAGAAACUCUAGGAACGCUGACACGAAACACGAUCCGGGCGGUGCACUUCUUAAGAUUCCGGCACCAGAUUCCUCUGACUUCAUAUAUUUUAACAGCGUCCACUCAAUGCUAUUUAAGUGUUUAUGAACCGAAAACGCUUAAAUGUAAUUCGCAAGUAAGCGCAGACUGAGAAAAGGAGAGCUUUGAGAACUUUUCAAGCAUAAAAGCUGCCAUAACAUGCGCAAGUACUCUAAAAAUCAAUAUGGCCCGCAAAUCUGAACAGAGGUGCGGUUUCGGCAACAAGAAAAAAAAAUCAGAUUUGAUUUCACUGCUCGUCAUUAGUCGCUCUCCACCACAUAAGUCCAAAUUGACCUUGUAAAGAAUGCUCUACCAGCCUAAACUAAUUUCAUGUUUAUCUAUAUUCAUUUUAAGUAUUUGGGAAAUCUCGCUCUUUUGCCUAUUGCCUUUGAAAGUGUGCAUUAGAGGCGUUUGGUAACAGCCAUGGAAAAGUGGGUGACGUUGGUGAUGUUAGCUCCAACAUGUUUCGGACGUGGCAAGCUAUGGCAACACUUCUUCGGCGCGAGCACCUGUAUAUUGGCGGCAAAUGCGUGACACGUUCGUUCCAUGUUAAACUUUGUCUGCUACAGUUGUUUCGCAAGGUGCAGUUGGCAGACAUCGACUCAAUGAUGGCUGUAGCAUAUGUGUUGCAUAGAGCUGUUUGAAGUAAAGUGAACGUAGUGUUCAGCUAAUAAAUAAUAAAAUGGGCCGCGUGUUUACUGGGUUCACCCAUUUUAUUGUCGUCUGUCUUCUCGAGGCCCAGUACUGUACGAACCAACCACUGCAUUCAUUCUCUGUACAAACGAAAAUAUAAGGAAACUGCGAAACUUGAUUGAAUAAAACAGUUUAUUU